AACAGAACGGGGCACCGUUACUACUCUUUGUGUCUGAGUCGCUAGGCUUUUACAAGCUGUGUGGGACCAACAAGACGUUCGUACACCGAUAAAGAAGACAAUUUAAAUAUCUUUGUACUAUGAGUAAUGUACCUAACCAGAAUGGGAUUGGUCUAGAGCAGCAGUUCGCUGGCAUAGACAUCCGGGGAGGUGCGCCACCACCACAGAAUGUCAGUAGAUAUGUUCCCCCGAAUCGCCGCAUGGAUGGAAUGGACGGUGGCGGCGGGGGUUUCAACAGUUACAGAAGCGGCGGCGGCGGCGGCGGUGGCGGCGGCCGCCCGGGGUACGGCGGCGGCGGCCGGCCCGGCUACGGCGGCGGGUAUGACCCGCGCGGGCCCCCGCCGCCCAUGCCGUCCAGCUUCGACCGGGGGUACAGCCGCGGCGGGUACGGCGGCGGCGGCGGCGGCGGCGGCGGACGCUUCGACCGCGGCUUCGGCGACCGGCGCGGCGGCUCCACCUGGAACAACAACCGGGGCGGCGGCCGCUGGGGCGACCGUGAGGACGACCUGCAGCGUAACGACCGCUGGAAGGAGCCGGCCGCGAGCACCGGCAUCAACUUCGACAAGUACGACGACAUCCCGGUGGACGCCACCGGCAACGAUGUGCCCGACUGCAUCAAGUCGUUCAGCGAGCUGGAGCUCACGCCGAUUAUCGUCGAGAACAUCGCGCUGACCAAGUACACGACGCCGACUCGCGGGACUUGA